AAGAGACGUCAGGAGGCGGGGCUGCGUUUUACAAACCGGACCGUGACGCGCUGCGUUUUCUCUUUCCAGCCGGCGCCGAGCGAUGGGCAUCUCUCGGGACAACUGGCACAAGCGCCGCAAGACUGGGGGCAAGAGAAAGCCCUACCACAAGAAGCGGAAGUAUGAGCUGGGACGCCCCGCUGCAAACACCAAGAUUGGCCCUCGCCGCAUACACACAGUCCGUGUGCGGGGAGGUAACAAGAAGUACCGGGCCUUGAGGCUGGACGUGGGGAACUUCUCCUGGGGCUCCGAGUGUUGCACACGAAAGACGAGGAUUAUUGACGUUGUGUACAACGCAUCCAACAAUGAACUGGUCCGUACCAAGACCCUGGUGAAGAACUGCAUUGUGCUCAUUGACAGCACCCCGUACCGACAGUGGUACGAGUCCCACUACGCGCUGCCCCUGGGUCGCAAGAAGGGGGCCAAGCUGACUCCUGAGGAGGAAGAGAUUUUAAACAAAAAGCGAUCAAAGAAAAUUCAGAAGAAGUAUGAUGAAAGGAAAAAGAAUGCCAAAAUCAGCAGUCUCCUAGAGGAGCAGUUCCAGCAGGGCAAGCUUCUUGCGUGCAUCGCCUCAAGACCAGGCCAGUGUGGCCGAGCAGAUGGCUACGUGCUAGAGGGCAAGGAGCUGGAGUUCUAUCUGAGGAAAAUCAAGGCCCGGAAAGGCAAAUGAGUCCUCCUCCUGUCCCAGCUCGUGUAAUAAAGGUGUUUGUUGUUCUCUCUCGUG